AUGUUUCAAUCACAAACUGUACAACUCGUCACCUCGUAUUUCUGGAAGUGGGAUGAGUACUUGGCUGAAAGACUAGCCAGUCAUCUGUUCACCAAAAACUUGUUGGUGACCCAAAGCGGCAGGUAUAUUAGUGAAUUCAUCCUUGUGUUCUCUGUACUCCUUUUGUCAUACGAGAUCACUUAUUGGACCGGAAUCUACCUUGGGUGGUGGGAGUACCACGCAAAGGACAUUUUCAAAGAAAUACCUGUGCAUUGUGCCCAUGUGUAUGUUCAGUUGAACGUUGCAAAGAGAAAUAACUUGGAUAAGGUGGAUCAUUUCUAUAACCUCAAAUUCAAAUCCAAAUAUAACAUAUUGAAUUGGAAAACAUUAUCGGAGGCCAAGAAAGCCGCAUUUGAGAGAGAGGACUUCAUCAAGUACCACUUUGAGUUCAGUCCCGAAGAUUUCGAGAUGAACGAUGACCCCGAAUACGGUUCGACUAUUGACCAUUUGCGGAGAAAGAUUCUCGAUCUCUUUAAUUCUUCCGAUUUGUACGACCCUUACAAGUCCGAGUUUCUCUCAAGAGGCAACGUAUACAUUUACAACAAGCGUUGUACAAAGCUAGGAAGAGAGAAAGACAAUGACUAUCUAGCCAAGUGUGGAAUUGAAACUGGUGAUGUGAUAGACUGUAUAGUGCUAUAUCCAUAA